GAGCAUUAUUGUGAAAUGCUCUGCUGCAAGUUCAAGACUAUGCCCUGGAUGAGGCGAGUGAAGGAUUGGCGCUUCCCAGACAGCAUUGACCCUCUUACCAAUCUUAUUUACAUCCUAUGGCUUUUCUUUGUUGCAAUGGCCUGGAACUGGAACCUUUGGUUAAUUCCUGUAAGGUGGGCCUUUCCCUACCAGACACCAGAUAACAUCCACCUUUGGCUUGCUGUGGACUUCCUGUGUGACUUCAUAUAUAUCGUUGAUAUACUCAUCUUCCAAGCACGACUGCAAUUUGUACGUGGUGGGGAUAUUAUUACUGACAAGAAGGACAUGAAAGAAAAUUAUAGGAAAUCCUUAAAAUUUAGGAUGGAUUUGAUAUCUCUCAUACCACUGGAUUUGCUGUACUUCAAACUUGGAUAUAACCCUCUUCUGCGAACACCGCGAUUAUUGAAAUAUAUGGCCUUCUUUGAGUUUAAUGACCGGCUAGAAGCAAUACUUAGCAAAGCAUACAUUUACAGAGUCAUCAGGACAACAGGAUAUUUAUUGUACUCUCUACACUGCAAUUCCUGCCUUUAUUACUGGGCAUCUGACUAUGAAGGGAUUGGAUCAACGAAGUGGGUGUACUCUGGGUUCGGAAACAGCUAUAUUCAUUGCUACUACUUUGCUGUGAAAACUCUGAUCACCAUUGGAGGACUGCCUGAUCCUGAAACACUCUUUGAGAUUGUCUUCCAGCUUCUAAACUAUUUCAGUGGAGUCUUUGCCUUCUCUAUCAUGAUAGGACAGAUGAGGGAUGUGAUUGGGGCUGCAACUGCUGGCAAAAACUAUUACAGAUCCUGCAUGGACACUACUAUCAACUACAUGAACAAUUAUAAAAUUCCCAGAGAUGUUCAGAAUCGUGUUAAAACCUGGUAUGAAUAUACAUGGGAGUCCCAAGGCAUGUUGGACGAACAGGAACUACUUAUACAAUUGCCUGACAAGAUGAGACUGGAUAUUGCAGUGGAUGUUAAUUACAGUAUUGUCAGCAAGGUGCCACUCUUUCAGGGCUGUGAUCUUCAAAUGAUUUAUGACAUGCUGAAAAGACUGAAGUCUGUAGUGUACCUACCAGGGGACUAUGUUUGCAAAAAGGGAGAAAUUGGAAGAGAAAUGUAUAUCAUCAAGGCAGGGGAAGUGCAAGUAUUGGGUGGUCCAGAGGGAAAGACUGUCUUUGUAACACUGCGGGCUGGAUCUGUCUUUGGGGAAAUCAGCUUGCUUGCUGUUGGUGGUGGAAACAGGCGAACAGCUAAUGUGGUGGCCCAUGGAUUUGCCAAUCUCUUCAUCUUGGACAAAAAAGACUUAAAUGAAAUAUUAAUUCAUUACCCAGAGUCACAGAAGCUGCUACGCAAAAAGGCCAAAAAGAUGCUGAAUAAAGAUGAAAAAAGCAAAGUGGCAGCUAAAGGGUCAAAAUAUUUGAUCCCUCCAAAAACUGAUUCUCCAAAACUUCUCCAGAUAGCAGAGGUCAUCACCAAGAAAUCUGGAAUGAAAGGAUUCUUUUCUCGAAUUCAGCCGUAGUUACAGAUGCACAGCUCUUUACAGCAUGUCACCUCUCAGCCAGUGCCUCCCACCAAACCAGUUUACAAGCCCAUUCCUAGAACAAAAUGUUGAAGUUGAAGAU